UGGUUACUAAGCUGUACUAAAGCAUGUGUGAUACUGAGUAAUGAAUUGGAGAUGUGACCACAUCUGGUACUUAAGGGAGAAUUAUCAAGAAGUAGGAAAGUGGACUUGAAAGCGGAGAGGAGAAGUUAAUUGGAGAUGCAUACUCAUUAAAACUGACAGUAACAUGUAACUGUAUGAAAUACUGCUUUAAACUUUUCUGUAAUUGAAAUGUAGACUGUUGUGUUCAGUAAUUCAUACACUUUGUAAGGUAGAGCUUUUAUAUAUAAUAUUAAAAUGAUACAAAGAGUGUUUAUCAUAACCUUUGUUGUGAAAAGACAAGGGGAAAAACCUGCUACAGAUUGUCUGUUAUCUUUUGCAAAUCAGUAAUUAACUUUUUUUUUGAAUGUACAGAAUGUCAGUGGCAGCCUACUGUGUAUUUUGCUGUAGAAAAAUAGGAACCUCUGGUCCAGCCACAAAAAGCCACCUACCCAGAAAAAUUGCAAAUGUAGCUGGAUCGCUUAUAUUAGGAGGUUUUGUAUUCAUUACAUAUGAAGUUUUGUCCUUAAAGAAGUUACUGAAACUUGAUACUCAAGCUAUACAUCAAGAAAAACUUAAAUCUUAUAUAUAUGUACGUACAACUUCUUUGGAUCCAAGUGAUUAUCAAGGCAUCACAUACCAAGCCAGAAGGCAAAUCCAUAGAGCGGUGAGGAAGAUUCUAGAAACAGAAGCUAAAAUUCUCCGGAGACCUUUUAACGAACACUUCAGCACAUUUGAUGGAGAAGAUCAUGAAUGUGCCUUAUGGCUCCUUUUAAAGAGAAGCCAGUCAGAAGACAAAGAGGUUCGACUGCAGGCUGUCCAAGACCUUGCAAAGAACAGUCACUGGCAUGAUUAUCAGUACAGGACAGUUGCUCAAGCCUGUGAUCAAAGGACUGCUAUAGGUUUGGCUCGGUCUAAAGAUAUCGACCUUCGAUUUUUCCUGCCUCCACCACCGCUGCCAAAAAUAAAGGAUGAUUAUCCCAUAGAAGAUGAACUUCGUUUGUUAUUAGUAUCUUUACCUCAGACUGAUCUUGAUCCAUGUGUCCAGUACUUCACAUCUCUCGCAUUACGUGAAAGUAGUCAGACUCUUGCUGCAAAAAGGGGAGGUUUAUGGUGUUUUGGAGGAAAUGGACUUCCAUAUUGUGAGACGUUGAGUAAAAUUCCUUCAGAGACGGUAGAACUCUUCUGCUUGCAAGCAUUAGUGCAACAUUCUAAGGUUUCUUCACACUGUGAUAAAAUUGAAGCAAAAGGAGGCCUGCAACUACUACAGAGGAUAUACCAGCUACGUAAAGAUUCUGCAAAAAUACAAAGGAACAUAAUUCGCAUUAUUGGAAAUAUGGCUUUGGAUGAACGUCUUCAUUCAUCCAUAGUACAUGCAGGUUGGGUUUCUAUACUCGCUGAAGUAAUGAAAUCUCCACAUGUCAUUCAGUCUUCUCAUGCAUCCAGAGCUUUGGCUAACCUGGACAGGGACACAGUGCAAGAAAAGUAUCCAGAUGGUGUUUAUGUUUUGCAUCCGCAGUAUCGUAGCAGACAGCCCAUCAAAGCGGACAUACUUUUUAUUCAUGGUCUUCUGGGAGCAGCAUUUAAAACCUGGCGGCAACAAGAUAUAGACCGGCCUUUGGCUCCAAAGGCUUCAGAAGGAGAAGAGGAUUAUAGCCAAUGCUGGCCAAAAACAUGGUUGGCAUCAGACUGUCCUGCCCUUAGAAUUAUAUCUGUGGAGUAUGACACCCGUCUGAGUGACUGGAAAGCAAAAUGUCCUGUUGAGGCUCACAGAAAGUCUAUUGCUUAUAGGAGCAAUGAGCUACUUGACAAGCUCAGAGCUGCUGGCAUUGGAGAAAGGCCUCUGGUAUGGGUCUCACAUAGCAUGGGUGGUCUUCUUGUCAAAAAGAUGCUUGUGGAUGCUUCCAAGAAUCCAGAAAUGGAUAAAAUUGUAAACAACACCAGAGGAAUCAUAUUUUAUAGCGUACCUCACCAUGGUUCCCAGCUGGCUGAAUAUUCUAUAAAUGCCAGAUAUCUUCUCUUUCCAUCUGCAGAGGUUAAAGAACUCAGCAAGGAUUCUCCAGCCCUUAAAGAGCUGAACGAUGACUUUCUAUCUUUUGCCAAAGAAAAGAAAUUUCCAGUGCUAAGUUUUGCAGAAACAUUACCAACACACAUAGGCAGCAUGAUAAAACUGCACGUUGUACCUCUGGAAUCAGCAGAUUUGGGUGUUGGAGACCUUAUUCCAGUCGAUGUCAAUCAUCUAAAUAUCUGUAAGCCAAAGAAGAGAGAUGCUUUCCUGUACCAACAUACCUUGAAGUUCAUUCAGGAAGUUUUAGCCAGAGAACUUGGAAAUUGAGUUUUUUCCACCAUUCCUUGCUUAUUUCAUCUGUGUGUUGUAAUGCAGAAAAGUUCUUCCUUGACACUUGUUAAGAGGUCUGCAGAACUGCAAUGCUCUGUGAAUAGUAUCUACUGCUAAAAUAAUUUUCGGUACACCUCCAACUUGGAGAACUCCAUAUCUUAUUUCUGAAAUGCAUUCAAAAUAAGUGCAGACUUGGUAAAAAAGACAAUGUUGGCUUUGAGUGACCCUGAUUUAUUGACAGAACAUGUUUAAUUUCUCCAGCAAUUUGGCAGGGAGAGGGUAGGAAUUUAGUGGAACAGAAGCUUCACUUGGUAGUCUACAAGUAUCCCUUUGGAGCAGCACUGCUGGGAGGCUAAGCAUCUCUUUUAGCCAAGAAAGGUUCCUGUGAAGGUAGUUGUUUUCAUUAAGGUGAAUCUACAUCUGUGACUAAAGUCUUACAGAGAGAAUUAGAAGCAUCUAACUGAGAUGAUUAUCUGUUGUGUCAGGGGGCUUCAUGUGGCUGUUCUAAAGCAUAGGUUUCUGCCCAUGCUAAGGAGUCUGACAGAAGCCUCAGGGAAUUUAUCCAAGUGACUGAAGAUAGCAUUUGAAUCGAUGGCCUAGUUACAGGAGUUUUUGUAAUUUGCCUCUUGUUAGCAAAUGCAACAUCUGUUUUCAAGGAGGUAACAGCUCUGCUGGGUUCUGAUCGGAUGUCUUAUGUAAGCAACUGUAGUUGUUUUAACCUGUUUGUAAAUAUUAAAAAAAAAAAAAAUACUUUCACACUCUAAUAAGUUUCUGCUUUAAUCCUACAAAAUUUUGAGAUUGCUUUUUUUGAGACAGUUAGCAUCUGGUCAGACCCAGGGCAGUUCUGUGCACUGUCAUGUGGAAGAUACAGAGCACAGGCCUUGCUGUUAAUGUUCAGCUUCGCUGUUAGGACAUACUGAGAAGAUGGUACAUAUCAUUCCCUGGCUCAUGUUACUCAUUUAGAAGCUCUUAGACUGAUUUAAAGAAUAGCAUUGAAAAUGCACAAAUGGAAUAAGACAGCAGCAGGUCCUGACAAGAAAGCUGAUGUUUAGAGUGUGAAGCUCAGGGAGAAAAGAAAGCAGGAGAAAAUGGAGGUUUCGUAAGGUCCCAUGGGAAAUGCAGAAGAUCCCAUGCAUUUUGGUUUCUUGAGGCCCAAGUGUACUUACUUGUGUAAGUAAAGAGAAAAAACAGCACUUUUGUCUUACCUAAGUUUUAUCAUUAUGUCUCUUUUUGCUAGAUGAUAUGGACACCCUAAUAGUACUGAUGAGAAAUAAGUAUUCUUUAGAAAGAAAAAUGGCAGUUUUCAGCCAUUUUAAAAAAAGUCUUAAAUAAUUUGUGACAUAGUUCAGGGCAGCCUAGUUUCAGUUUAAUUGUGGUCUCUCUUCCCACCUCCAACUCUUUCUGAAGACAAGCAUAGGUUGUGGUUAGACUGCAGUCCCCUAGCUGAUCAUUUGUCAAAUAAAGCUUUUACUGAUGAUGAUGACUGGAAAAUCAGUAGUGAAAUCCUAACAGGUCUCUUACUGUCACAUAUGCGAGCUGUGUCUAGUAUUCCAGGCCUUAAAAUUGUGGCUAUAAAAGCCAACAAACAGGUUGGAUGCACCUUGCAGUUCUGGGUGAGCUCAGUGCCGACGUCAGUGGUGGCUGUGGUCCUGCUGGUUCCUGAGGCCACCUCAGCUGUUCCCACCAUAGAGCAGUCCAGUCCAGGAAGACAGUAACUCUGAAAAAGCACUUUUGGAAGUUCAGCCUCAAGCUGCUGGACUUUAACAGUACAAUUCACAACUCUCAGCAGUACAGAGAAUGUACAGCACUACACGGCUUUUUUUUUCUCUCCAUAACCAUAACCAAGAUGUGGGUAAAAAUAUUGGAUGCCACUAUUCCACUUAGAAAACGUAAUAGAACCUUAUUCUGUUUACACUGUGCUUAAACUUCAGAAUGUAAAUAUUUUGGAAUACUUUGUAUUCACAAAGAAGAGUGUAUGUGGAAUUCAGUUUGAAAAGACAAGACUUCCAAUAAUGGAAUAUGUGUAGUGUGACAAAGCCCAUAUUGACUUUAAUAGACUGGCUUAAAGGGGUUCAGAUCAAUGACGCUACACUAUAAUCUUACUCAGUAAAUGGUUCUAUGUUCUGUUGCUAUAACUGGAGCUCUUCAGGCAACUCUCUCCUUUUUGUAACUAACUGUAUGUAUACAUGUAUAGCUUUUAAAACUAAUAGUUUGAGUUGUAUGUAUUUUGAUUGGGAGAUUGUGUCUUUUUAAAAAUGUAUUACAUAUGGCACAAAAUGCAUUAAAGGUGGAUGAU